AUGUUUAUAACAAGUGGCCUGAAAAAUCAUAAGAUUUUAUGGAUUUUUCUCAUCUUUUUGGCUGUAUGGAAUGUUGAGAGUCAAUUACCUACGAGGCAAUGCACUGCUACCUGCGAAAACGAAUGCUACAACCCAUUAGUACAGCAAUGUUUCAAUGGGACUUUAUGCUCAGUCGGUCAGCAAUUAUGUAUGCUUAAGUAUGAUGCUAUGUAUGGACGUCAGUAUUACUUACCACAGCCUACAUGCUAUAAUCCAACAGAACAAGCUUGUUUGAAUAAAACCCUUUAUACGUAUCCAUUACAAGUAUGCAACGGACAGUAUGUUGCGAAUUAUCAAGUUUGUGUUGACAAUACUACAAUUUGUAACAUUACAAAGUCUUAUUAUUCUGACAAUCAACCCACUAGAAUGAAAUUAUGCAAUAGUGUAUGUUAUAAUUUCGCAUUUCAAAAAUGCAUCGGUGGUACUGUUCGGUGUCGUAAUAGCUGUUCAGGCGUAUGUUACAACUCAUCAAUACAACAAUGCCUCAACGGAACUCUAUGCUCUGUUGGUCAGCAUUUAUGUAUUACUAAGUAUGAUGCUACGUAUGGACGUCAAUAUUAUUCACUGCAGCCUACAUGCUAUAAUCCAACAGAACAAGUUUGUUUGGAUAACAGAAUUUGUAGCUAUCCAUCGCAAAUAUGCAACGGACGAUGUAUGGGAUACAACCAAGUAUGUUUUAAUAAUGUAACAGCUUGCAAUGUUACAAAAUUUUAUCCUUACGAUCAACCCGAUCAAGUAAAAUUAUGCAAUGGUGUAUGUUAUAAUUCUGCAUUUGAAAAAUGCAUUAGCGGGACUGUUCGGUGUCGUAAUAGCUGUUCUGGUGUAUGCUACAGCUCAUCACAGCAACAAUGCUUCGACAGAAUUCUAUGCUCUGUUAGUCAGCAAUUGUGUAUUACUAAGUUUGAUGAUACAUAUGGACGUCAGUAUAAUCCGCCAUAUCCUUUAUGCUAUAAUCCUACAGAACAAGUUUGUUUGGAUAACAGACUUUGUAGCUAUCCAUCUCAAAUAUGCAACGAGCGAUGUAUGGGUUACAAUCAAGUUUGCGUUAACAAUGUGACAAUUUGUAACAUUACAAAUUAUCCUUACAAUCAACCCAAUCAAAUAAAAUUAUGCAAUGGUGUAUGCUACAAUUCUGCAAUGCAACAGUGUGUCGAUGGAUAUGCCGUAAACUGUACUCGUGAUCCAUCUACUCAACAAUGCAUUAAUCAGAGCACUAGUUCUACGCAACCUUCAACUACAGCAGCGCCUAGAGAGGGAAAACCGCAGAGUUUUGUACUAAAAGUUGUUUUCACUAUUUUAAAGUACUUUCAACCAGUUCUGGGCUACUUUGCACGAAUUUUGAACUACUUUAUGCUACAUUGA